AUGGCUACUUCCGACGGCUCAGUGCAGCUCUCGGUAUCGUCGAUACACGAAUUUGCUACAUCAAUACUGAAAGCCGCUGGUGUUUCUUCCGAGCACUCAAAAGUGAUUGCCGAUGCUCUUGUGCUCGCAGACCUCCGAGGAGUAGACACCCAUGGCAUCAACCGGAUCCCAGCAUACUUGACGCGGGUGAAAGCCGGCGUGCUUAACCCAGCACCAAACCUUGAAUUUGUGUCCAAAACGCCUGUAAUGGCACAACUGGAUGCUCAAAACACCUUUGGGUUCUUGGCUGCCAACCUUGCCGUGGAAAAAGCCGCGGAGAUGGCCAGUGUCUUCGGCGUCGGCAUUGUGGGAGUCAAAUCAAGCGGUCAUUUUGGAAUGGCGGCGACAUAUCUUCUCAAGGCCAUUGACAAGGGUCUGGGAGCAAUGGUUUUCACCAAUGCAUCACGAAGCAUGCCGGCGUGGGGAAGUAAAGAGCCUCUUCUGGGUACUAGUCCCUUUGCCGUCGGCUUGCCAGGUAGAAACGGAGAUCACUGGACGUUGGACAUGAGCCCGUCUGUGGUAGCCAGAGGCAAAAUUCGCAAAGCUCUGCGCCGUGGGGAAAAGAUCCCCGAGGGCUGGGCUUUGGAUGCUGAAGGGAAUUCAACCACCGACCCUGAAGCCGCCAUGGGCGGCGUGGUACUCCCCAUUGGAGGUCCCAAGGGAUCCGGUCUUGCUAUGAUGAUGGACGUUUUCGGCGGUCUUCUCACUGGGGCAUCGUUUGCCGGAAAUGUGAACGACGCGUACAAGGUACUGGACCGCCCGCAAGGCGUGGGACAUUGGAUCUUUGUGUUCAAGCCAGAUGCAUUUUUAGACAGCAUGGACGAAUACUACGAUAGAAUGGAGAUUGAGUUGAAGACGGUGCGAGAUAGCGCCAAAGCUGCAGGCGUCGACCGGAUAUACACCUCGGGAGAGAUAGAGAUUCUUAGAGAAAAAGACCUCCGAUCCAAGGGCGUCUCAUUCACUGCGUCAGAGGUAGAAGUCUUGAAUAAGACCGCGGAAGAAUGGGGCUGUUCUACUAGAUUAUGA